AACCCUAAACUUACUGAUUUGGUGGUUGUUACCGAAUCUGGAUGGCGUCUUCUCUGCUUCACUCCACCGUCCCACCCCUCUCUCCCACCAAUUCCUUCUCCAACCACCGUCGCCACCGCUUCUCGAUCCCGCUCUGCAACCGCUUCAGGUGUAGUGUGGCGGAGCCUUUGAAGUAUGAGAACGGGAGGCCGUGCGUCCCGCUUUUCACCUCGCAACCUGAUUUGCCCAGCUUCUUGUCUUCCAAAACACAUUUACAGGAUGCAAUCAACAAGAACGACACCAGGCUCCGUAUAUUCUCUGGCACUGCUAAUCCUGCUCUAGCUCAGGAAAUUGCUUGUUAUAUGGGACUGGAGCUUGGAAAGAUCAAGAUAAAGCGUUUUGCUGAUGGAGAGAUAUAUGUUCAGUUGCAAGAGAGCGUUAGAGGGUGUGAUGUGUACCUAGUGCAACCCACUUGCCCUCCUGCCAAUGAGAAUCUUAUGGAGCUUCUUAUCAUGAUUGAUGCUUGUAGGAGGGCUUCUGCGAAAAAUAUUACCGCAGUCAUUCCCUACUUUGGCUAUGCCAGGGCUGAUAGAAAGACCCAAGGGCGAGAAUCCAUUGCAGCCAAACUUGUUGCAAAUUUGAUUACAGAAGCUGGUGCUAACCGUGUUCUUGCUUGUGAUCUCCAUUCUGGGCAGUCCAUGGGUUACUUUGACAUUCCCGUGGAUCAUGUGUAUGGUCAGCCCGUGAUACUUGAUUAUCUUGCAAGCAAGACAAUAUGUUCUGAUGAUCUGGUGGUGGUCUCACCUGAUGUCGGUGGUGUGGCCCGAGCACGUGCUUUUGCCAAAAAAUUAUCUGAUGCACCUCUAGCCAUUGUUGAUAAAAGGCGCCAUGCACAUAAUGUUGCAGAGGUGAUGAAUUUGAUAGGUGAUGUGAAGGGAAAGGUAGCAGUUGUGGUGGAUGACAUGAUUGACACAGCUGGGACUAUUGCCAAAGGUGCAGCUUUAUUGCAUCAAGAAGGAGCAAGGGAAGUCUAUGCAUGCACUACGCAUGCUGUAUUUAGUCCCCCUGCAAUAGAGAGGCUAUCAAGCGGUCUCUUUCAAGAGGUGAUCAUAACAAAUACAAUUCCUGUGUCAGAGAAGAACUAUUUCCCUCAGCUGACAGUUCUUUCAGUAGCAAAUCUGCUGGGUGAAACUAUAUGGCGUGUUCAUGAUGACUGCUCUGGUGGCUUUGAACCAUAUUCAACGUUGGGCAUUGACUGAUCAGUCAUCUUGAUGAUCUGCCAUUCUCAGUUUACAUCGUCGCCAUCUACCACCUCCUCGGUGAACAGAAUGCUAAUGGAUAGCAAAAGCAAAGGUUUAUGCUUUUUUGAGUUGUUAAUAUUGAAAGCUCUAUGUAGCCUGAUGUUAAUUUACAACUUUCCAGCUUAACAGUUUUAAUACGUCUUUAAAGGUUACCUUUUAAAUGAAAACUUUCAUGAGAUCAUGGCUGGUAAAUAGAUAAGGUUGCUGUAUUAUCAUUCAGCUGACAAUAAUAUUGCCCUGUAUUGUAUGCUCCUACUUUCAGCUCAAUAUUAAACUUACAUUAUGCAGGAUUUUGCCUUCUUCUUUGAGCCUUCCAAUCAUCUAAUGACAUUUUCUGGGUCUGUAUCAUUAUCUAGUUCUAUACUUACUGUUGCUUCAUAAUUAUGAUGAAAUGCAAACUAAAUGUCUAUUUAAUUG